UGGGGGGAAAAUGAAGUUCUACUUCGACGUGAAAGCGUUUGUGGGACUGUGCGCGUUGGUGUUGCUGCUCAUCGGCUUCAUCGACGUGCUAACGAUCAACUGGGCGCAAAAUGAGUGCGAAAUGACCUACAUGUUUGAAUUGCCCGAAUACAUCCCCAUCAAACUAAGUAAAGAAGUACAGCAGAAGUACCCCAGGUACCGCCUGGUCGUCUAUGGAGAGGGAGUCUACGCCCGUCAGCUGCGGAGGGGCCACCUUCGCGGCGUGCCAGUCCUGUUCGUGCCGGGCAAUGCCGGCAGCUACCAGCAGGUGCGCUCCAUCGGCACAGUGUUGCUGCGCAAGGCUGAGUUCGAGGGAUUGCCGUACCGCUUCGACGUGUUCGCCACUGACUUUCAGGGCGAGCUGUCGGGUCUCUACGGACCACUGCUGUGGGACCAGAUCGGAUUCCUGCACGAGUGCGUCCGCACCAUCCGCCGCCUGUACAAGUCCACGCCCAACGCAAGCCUGGUCGUCCUCGGUCAUUCCAUGGGUGGUGUGGUGGCACGGUCCCUGUUCACGCUGGAGGACUUUGAGCAUGACAGCGUGUCCCUAAUCAUGAGCUAUGCCGCACCUCAUCACAGUGCUGCCCUCUUGGAUUCCCACCUGAAUGACUUGUACGAGCGGAUAAGAAAAGCGUGGUCGCCACCGCGGUUGCCUGUGAUAAUGGUCUCGGUGGCCGGUGGGCGAAGGGACACCCUCGUCCGCACCGAGCUCACCCGGUUGGAGCCCCACAAGCAUCACAUCAGCACCACGAGCACGGCAGUGCCAGGUGUCUGGGCCUCUGCAGACCACUUGACCAUCGUCUGGUGUCAGCAACUGGUGGUGACGUCGGCAAGAGUGCUGUUUGACCUCAUCACCCGUCAGAAUCGCCAGGUCAGGCUGACAAAAGAUCCGGAGCACAUUAAGGCAGUGGUCAACUUUCACUUUGCCCGGCGGCCCUACGGGAAGAAGCUUCCAGCGGAGGAUGCCUACGGCCAGCCCAUUUACUUCGGCUCAAGCGGCGAGUGGUCGGACCACCUUGAGCCUUCCUGGCGUGUUCACAAGCAGAAGGUUCUGGUGUCCCGGUGGCUGGUGAUGCCGGUCAGGGAGUCCGACCAGGUGGUGCUGCGGGCGUCGGGUCUCGGCAACAAGGAGUGGCUGUAUGGCUGCACAGAGGUGCGCAAGGAAGCCGCAACGGGCAAGCUCCUCUGUACGAUGGGUGUGAGCCUCUCCCGGGAAGGCGUGACGCUCCCGUAUCAAGGAUCUUACGGCAUUGAACGGCGGGGCUUCCACGCAUCUGGUGCCGAGUUGCGGGCACGGGGCCUGAAGGCCUUGCUGGUGCACGUGCGGCCCACCACGUCCAAGAUGACUGUGGUAGGCGAGCGUCUGCAGUCAUCCGAGCGGUGGCGUGAUGUCGAGCUACCCCAAUGGUGGGGUUCCUCCAAAGUGCUUCUGACGGUGCCGCUGACGGAAGGUGCAGCCUUCUACAACCUGAGCCUCCACGGCCUGUGGCAUCCCUGGCAGGCCUACCGUCUCACCCUGCAGUCGAAGAUCUGUCGCACCGGAACGGAAGGUGACGGCCUUGUCCGAUUCCUGGUUCCCUGGGGCAGCGAGGACCUCUUCUUUCACAUCCAGUACCCCGUGUAUGCAGGCACUGGUCACAUUGACGUUGUUAAGCACAGUUGUCAUUCUCAAGUUAUUACCUGCACGUGGAAGCGUACGAAACUGCAGUACCAGCGAAGAUAGUAACCAGUACCUCGCAGUAGUACGUUCUUUAGAGAACUGCCAUAUUGGCUUUACCGCAAUGGGCUGAUAACUCGAAAUAUGGCAGCCAGCACAUCGUUAAAAUCGGGAUUACAGGGCAGCUAGUUCGCUCCUCAUCCAAACAGCGUGACAUUGGGAUGGUUGGUGAUCGUCAGAAUUGAGCAUGUUGGGCAUGGAAGAAACACCUUGAAGAAGGAGACAAGGCAGCAAUGAAGGGCUCCAUCGUUGUCUUGUCUUCUUCUUUUUGGGACAUAUUUUUUUUUUUGUGCUCAACAUGUUCAAUAGGUUUGUUCACUCUUUCACCAUCCUUCACAUUGCCAUGGAGUGGUCCGACCGACACGCAAGGAUGUUGUUAGGCAUAGAGGGUGACAAAGUUAGGGCGGCAUCCAUCUUGCACCUGCUGUAGCAACUCAGUGGCCACGGCAAUUCGCUGCAAAUCACGAGGUUGCAGGUUUAAUUCCCAUUUAGGGUGUCUGCAUUGUGGUGGGGGCGGAAGGCAAAAACGCUCAUGUACUGCAUGCUAAAGAACCCUAGGGAGUCAAAGUUUAUCUGGAG